GCACCUGCCAGAGGUUUACGUUAGAAACGAAAGUUUUAAUUGGCAAUUAACUGUAAACAUUCUCAAUUUCACUCAAAAUGCCAAGGCAGGGAGGUGAUCACGGUUCAGAGAACCAAGAAGGGGCUAUUUCCUUUGAAACAUUACGAGAUGAAGGCCAGCACUUUGUACAUGUGCAACAAUUCGACAAAGCCAUUGAAAGUUUCACAAAGGCCUUAGAGCUAAAGCCAGAUGACCAGCACUGUCUUGUUACGCGUUCUAAGUGCUACCUGCAGGUUGGAAAUGCUGAGGCCUCACUCACUGACGCUGAGAGCGCUCUUGAACAGAACAAACAGCUUAUCAAGGGUCUGUAUCAAAAAGCAGAGGCACUGUACCAGAAGGGUGAUUUUGAGACGGCCCUUGUGUACUAUCACCGUGGUAACAGACUGCGUCCUGAGCUCCAGGAAUUCAGACUGGGCAUACAGAAAUCACAGGAAGCCAUCAACAACAGCAUUGGACAACCGGAGUCCGUGAAGUUGGAGUCAAAUAAGGGUGAUAUGUCAUAUUUCUACAAGCAAGAAGAGGAAGCAAAGGCCAAGGAUUUUGAAAGUACGCCAAAACCAUCUACAAUGAUAUUUAGACAGAAGACAAAUGUUGAGCCUGAGGCUAAAAAGCAGCAGAGAGGGGCAUACCAAAAGCCAACAGCAAAGAAGGAGGAACGCAAGGACCGUGAGGCUCCCAAGGGGCCUGCAGACACAAAGACAAUCAAACAACUCCUUGGGGAGCUCUACGGGGACAAGGAAUACCUUGAGAAACUACUCAAAGAUCAGAGUCUGACAGGGAAGACGAACCGUAAUGACAUGAGCCGGGAGAUCAAGGACAAAGUUUGUGACGGGCUGGAGUACCUGUAUGCCCGGGCAGACUUCUGGCGUCAACAGAAGCCCAUGUACGCCCGGAAGCGUGAUGCCCAGCGACAACGAGAGGAGUGGAACAAGGGCUCACGCAAAGGUGGACGUGGUUCAAUGGAGAAGGUGCUUAAUAACCUGGAGAAGAUUGAGGAAGCCCAGAGUGAGGGACGUUACCAAGAAAGCCUGGAGCUGGCCAAAAACACACUGAAACUUGUGGAGAACGCCUCUGAAGAAGAUAUUCAGAACAAGCCAGAACUCAUCGCAAGUCUUAACAGCAGCAUCGGGAACGCGUACCUGGAGUUGAACAAGCUCAACCAGUCCAUGGACUACCAUCAACGAGAUUUGGAUAUCGCGAGAGAACACAAUUUGGAGGAUGCAAAAUCUCGAGCCCUUGACAACCUUGGCCGUGUUCACGCCAGAAAGGGAGAAUACGAAAAAGCCAUUGAAGUAUGGCAAGAAAAGAUACCCACUGCCAAGUCACCCUUGGAAAGUACCUGGCUAUACCACGAGAUUGGUCGAUGUUACCUUGAGCUGGGGAAGUACCACGAUGCUCGAGAUUAUGGGGAAAAGUCUUUAGUCGCCGCUCAGGAGGCUGACGAUGAAGGGUGGCAGUUACACGCUAGUGUUCUUGUUGCACAGUCAGAAGUAAAACUAGGCCAAUAUGAAAAUGCAGCUAGUUCAUUCGAGAAAUCAUUAGAGCUUGCAAGGCGACAGAACGACACUGCAGCAGAAGAUGCCAUUACCAAAGCUCUAGAAGAAGUCAACAAUAAAAUAGUUCAAGGUGUGAAGGAUGAUGAUGGUGUCCAAGACAGAUACGAUGAUGAUUUUGAGACAGGUCAAAAGUCCGCUUCUCCACGAGAACCAACACCUCCACCAAAACAAUUAUCACCUGAGCAGAGGCCAAAAUCUGUAACUUACAAGGAACCUGAAGCUGAAGCAGAGCCUGAGGAGGUAGAGGAAGAAGAAGAAAUUCAAGAAACAGAAAUAGACAAACCUAGCUCAACUGAGCCGGAAACCAGUCCACAGGAAGAAGAUGUAACCAAGCAACAUCAAGCACCUGCUGAACCAGAGCAGUUGCCAGGACAACAGGAAGAAGAGCAAACAAGGACGACAGAUGACACAAAAACAGAGCAACAGAAACAAGACACAGACGACAAGGACACAGAUGACAAAAAGAGCACAGACGACAAAGACCAGGAUAAGGUCGAGUAAAUGGAGGCAGAUUUAGUUAACGGGCCCCGAAUUAUAAACAUCUACGCAUAUCAACGCCAGAAUUUUGACACAUAUCAAUGCCAGGAUUAUUGAAAAUUGCUGAAAGAAAAACUCUUGCUCUAAACUUGGUUUGAUGAGUUUGUGUAAUUAUUACUUUAACUUCAACGCUAUGAAGAAUAUUGAAACUACGCAUUGGAAGCUGGAUGAAACUAGAGAGAAAACUCAGAAUUUUAAGCGACAGAUUAGUGUUACGGUUAUUAUAUUUUACACCAAAAUUCCUAUUGCAAAAUAUUUUUACCAGGUAUAUUUAUUUUAAAUGUUUGUUUUUCUUGCAUUUAAUGAACACAAAAUCUUUAAGAUUACCUGUUAUAUUAUGAUGUUGUUAUGCCUCCAUUUUGAAGUAAUGUAUUUUCAUGAGCUCUGAUCAUUUUAAUGUCACUAAUUUUAAUAUAUUAGGAACUGCCAAUUUUUUUAUAUUAAAAUACAUGUAGUUGACAUGACUGUGUUAUUUAGAGCUUAGAAUCUUUUUAUAUACAUGUUAUAUAUAAAAUUCAGGGGGCCAUUUUUAAAGAUCUUAUUCAGUUUGAGUCAUAAAUUGAAAGUAUUUUAGUCCCAUCAAUUCAUUAUUUUGCUACAAAUUUGAGGGAAUUAAACUUGAGCCAAAAUCGAAUCUGAACUCAAAGAUAAGAGGCAAUAAAUAUAAUUAAUGUAUUACCAUUUACAAUUUUUAUAUAGAUUUAAGAUGAAAGAAAUAACUACUAAAUUCCUAUUUUGAAGCGGCCCUCAGUGACACAAAUUUAUGAUUAAUUUAGUAAUUUUACUAAUAUUCCCAACAUAGACUGUAUACAUCUAUGUUUUUACUACGCAGUUUGAUAGCUAAAAUAUCUAUAAAGUUGUUUUUAUGUUAUUAAAAAUGUUCUGUGAUACCAAAAUAAAUAAAUGAAUUAUAACA